AUGAAGCUAUUGUUUGUUCUACUGUUUAAUACAGUGCUGGUUAGAUGGUAUGUUGAUAAAUUUGAUUAUAAUAUAAUUUCAAUAAUAUGUAUAGCACAAGCCAGUAAAAUAGAAGAUACUAAAAAAUAAAAACUUUAUUAAAAUGUACUGCUCUUAAUGCCAAUCACAAUAUAAGUUAGAGAAAUGGCACCAAGUUCACCUUUGUCUUACUUAUUACUAUAGCAAUGUGAUACCAGAUUACUGUAAUCAGAUGAUCUAUUUAGCAAUGUAAUUCGCCAAUUCCUUGAAAGCAAAGAUGAUGAUAGUGAAUUGUAUGCUGUUUUGACUGGUGGAUCAACAGGAAUUCGCAAUUUGUUCAGUGAAACAAGCGUUUGCCUAAUGUAUCAUAUAUUGCGAAAGCACGGAGUGAAGGAUGAAAAUAUUAUCACAUUUGCCGGUGAUGAUAAUGUGAAUUCUACAUAGUAAGAAAUUGUUGUUUAUCUCUUUCAUUUGACUAUAGUUAGGUAACUUUAAAAUUACAGUUCUCCGUGGCCAGGCGAGUUACGUCCACAACCAGGUGACCCAGACGUCCGCCAAGGCUGUAGAAUUGACUAUAGUUAUAAGGGUUUGAACUUUGAUCUUUUUGCUGAAGCCUUGAUAGGUAACGACACAGGUGGCAUCUUCGAACAUUACCCAGUUCUAAAGUCAACUUCAAAGGACCGUGUUCUACUGUAUCACAGUAGUCACGGUGAUUCUCAUGAGUUUGAAUUUGGACGUGAAUGGGUACAAGCUGAUCGUUUACAAAAAGCUUUGACAGCUAUGCAUGAAAAAGGAAUGUACAAACAGUUGUUAUACGCCUUUGAAACCUGUUACUCUGGAUCAAUGUUUGUUGAUUGGUUGACUCCAGAAUACAAUAUUCUUGCUUACACAGCCUCAAACCCGAACGAAUACGCGUAUGGUACUAGUUAUAAAGGCUGGCUACUUUCUGGCGAAUUUUCGUGCCACUUGGAAAACUUUAUUGAAAAAGAAAAAGACCUGGGUUUGUCUUUAAGCGACCAAUUUGAAUACAUAAAAAGUGGCGUAAACAAAAGCGAAGUAUGCAAGUAUGGUAACUUUGAGUUGAUGAGCAAUAAAACAAACAAAUUUUUUGGAAGUUCUGGCAAAGAUUAUGGCAUUAUAGAGCCAUCGACCUGUAAAAUUAAAACAAAAGUUUCACUACAAGAAGCGGAUUUUUAUCGUCUUCAAUACGAAAUUGAGGAAGCUGAAAAAGAUGGAGAUACUGCUCAAGUGAGACGGCUUAACGAAGAGUUACAAAAACUACAUAGUUUGCGUGAACAUAUUAAUGAGAAGAUUGAUAAGUUUGUAAACAAGAUGGUCACCAACAGAAACUUCAGAGCCAACAGGAACGCUAAAGUAGACUUGGAAUGUUAUGGUGAGGUAAGCAGAACGUUCCGCAAGCAUUGCCACUAUGAUAACCAUGUAAGUUCAAGCUCAAAAAAGAAAACGUUUUGUGAAAAAAUAUUUUUAAAUUUACAAACAGAAAACAUUAAACACACUUAACAAGGCAGAUACAUUACAAAACCUUCUGGUUGUUGACAUUUCUUUUCAGAAACGUAUUGGAAAAAUCAAUUAUGAUCAGCUACACAACUUAUGCCAUUCCAAUGUUCCUACUCAAGUAUUGGCUCAUGAACUGGCUUUACAUUGCCUAAGCUAA